AUCAUUACGCGUCUCUCUAUCAGGUCGCAGCGUGUGAGCAUAACAUGGGGAGACCGUUCAAUUGACAUUUAACAACUGUAAUAUUUAUCUUUACACAACCUUGACUGUGACGUUUUUGGGCGACAGUGUAAGCUUUUGUUAGUGGUUAGCUAAAAGCCAGGCUCAGCUUAGCUAACGUUAGCUUUACCCGCGUGGCUGUACUACUUUUCGGUUGUUUUGCUAGCUUCCAGUCCGCUAACAGCAUGGACAACACGCAGCAAAAUUCUAUUGAUCUCCACGGAGACGAAGAAAUUAUUGAAGUCAUCGAACUAAACGAGAUGGAGCCUGAUCCCGACGACUUGGCUGAUGACUUGGAGGAUGUUGACUUUGAAGACGGCGGACACGGACACGAUGACGAAGGCUGGGAAACCGAGGACGAGAUGGAAGAGGACCAAGAUGACAGCGAGCUCACCUUCUCCAAACACACUGGCUCGGUGUUUUGUGUGAGUUUGGAUCCCGUGACAAACAGCAUGGUGGUAACCGGAGGGGAGGACGACAAGGCCUACGUUUGGAGGCUGAGCGACGGAGAGGUUCUGCUGGAGUGCACCGGUCACAAGGACUCUGUGACGUGCGCCGCGUUCAGCCACGACUCCUCCAUGGUGGCCUGCGGUGACAUGAGCGGCUUGAUCAAAGUCUGGAAAGUAGAAACCAAAGAGGAGAUGUGGUCCUUCGAAGUGGGGGAUCUGGAGUGGAUGGAGUGGCACCCCUGCGCUGCGGUGCUGCUGGCGGGCACAGACGAUGGCAAUGUGUGGAUGUGGAAGAUCCCUUCAGGAGACUGCAAAACCUUCCAGUGUUCUGCGUCUCAGGCCACCAGCGGCAAGGUCCUCCCCGAUGGUAAACGGGCUGUGGUGGGUUAUGACGAUGGAACGGUACGUAUCUGGGAUUUGAAGCAGGGAAACGCCGCCCACGUGGUUAAAGGUCAGGACGCACACAGGGGGGCGCUGACCUGCCUGGCGUGUAACAAAGACGGCUCUCUGGUGCUGACGGGCUCAGUGGACGGUUUGGCCAAACUCAUCAAUACCGCCACUGGCAAAGUGGUCGGAGCGUUCUCUGUGGAUGGAGGCAAAGCCAAAGGCUCCAACGAUCCGGAAGAAUCCAACUCUGUUGAAUCUGUGGGAUUCUGCAACAUCUUGCCUCUCGUCGCCGUGGCGUACCUGGACGGGACUCUGGCCAUAUACGACCUCGCCACUCAGGUCCUGAGGAACACGUGCGCCCACGAGGCCGGCAUCGUUAACCUGCAAUGGGAAGAGUCUUCUUCUGUGGUGGCCACUUGCUGCUUAGACGGAGUGCUGCGCCUAUGGGACGCUCGGUCUGGCGGCAUAGUGUCCGAGUACUGCGGCCACGCCGCCGAGAUCCUCAACUUCACCGUCAACCGGGAAGCGUCCCUCGCCGUCACCGCGUCCGGAGACAACAAGGCGAAGGUCUUCUGCCUCCAAAGACCCGAUCGGUAAAGGGAGCGGGAAGACGAAGGGCGGAGGAGACGUGGCAGUCAUUUCAUGAUCAGACUCUUUGUCCUCCGACACGCGAGACUAUGCUCCCCCUCUCGUGGGGAUUUUAAAAAUGCGUGCUGUCCUACUUUGGUGGGAUUGUAGCAUCCAAAAGAUCAUUUAUUCCAGAUAAUCGAAGCACACCUGAAGAAACCGAAGCUGCUUCUCUGAACCUCCUUAAGAAGUUGAACCGCUGCCUUCAACAUCUCUUCUAAUGUUCUCUGCGAAAUGUUUUUAAAGAUAAAACACAGACAGAAAAGAGGAUCCAUUUUUGGUUCUAGUUAUAAGUUGUUCCGUGACGUUUUUCGUCCUGGUUUACUCACUAAUGGGGAAUAUGCGUCACUUCUCAGGCACGUCGUUCUGAAAUGAUCUCGCCGAGUUUUUUGAUGUAAACUCAAGUGUAAAUACAACACAAUAAAUCAUCUACUUUCA